UAGAAAAGCUCCAGACUGAGCACGCGCCAACUGCUCCACGCAUGCUCCGUUGCUUUGGACGCCUAGGAAAAUCCCCGUCCCAGAGGCCUCGGAAGCCCAGACUAUUGGGGGCUGCUGGUGGUGGUAGCGGUAGUAGCGUGGGCAUGGGGAUCUGGACUUGGGGAGAAGAAUGGGAGGGCGGCGGCCAGGCACGCUGGGCACUGGCGUUCCUUUGGCUGACGGUAGCUGCUGAUUUGUCUUCGGCUUGGGGGAGCAGAGCUCCUGGGCGGCAGCAGUGGCCAGUUCCCUACAGGCGUUUUGAAUUCCGUCCUACACCAGAUCCUUAUUGUCAAGCUCAAUAUACUUUCUGCCCAACUGGUUCUCCUAUCCCUGUUAUGAAGGAUGAUGACAUCCUAGAAGUCUUUCGAUUACAAGCCCCAGUAUGGGAAUUUAAAUAUGGUGAUCUUCUGGGACAUUUGAAUAUUAUGCAUGAUGCUAUUGGAUUCAGAAAUACUAUGACUGGCAAGAACUACACCAUGGAAUGGUAUGAGCUUUUCCAACUCGGAAACUGUACAUUUCCCCAUCUCCGACCUGAAAAGAAUGCACCAUUCUGGUGUAAUCAGGGAGCCGCCUGUUUUUUUGAAGGUAUUGAUGAUAAUCACUGGAAAGAAAAUGGAACCUUGGUUCUGAUAGCAAACAUAUCAGGAAAAAUAUUCAACCAAAUGGCAAACUGGGUGAAAAAGGAUAAUGAAACAGGUAUUUAUUAUGAGACAUGGACUGUCCAAGCCAGUCCAGAAAAAGAGUCAACAACAUGGUUUGAAUCUUAUGACUGUUCCAAAUUUGUGUUAAGAACAUAUCAGAAGUUGGCUGAACUUGGCACCAAGUUUAAGAAGAUAGAAACCAACUAUACUAGAAUAUUUCUCUACAGUGGAGAACCUACAUAUGUGGGAAAUGAAACCUCAAUUUUUGGACCUGCCGGAAACAAAACUCUUGCCACAGCUAUAAAGAGAUUUUAUUACCCAUUUAGACCCCAUAUGUCAACUAAAGAAUUUUUGUUAAGUCUUGUGAAAAUUUUUGAUACAGUACUUAUCCACAGGCAGUUUUAUUUGUUUUAUAAUUUUGAAUAUUGGUUUUUACCUAUGAAGGCCCCCUUUUUAAAGAUAAAAUAUGAAGAAAUUCCUUUACCAAACAAAAUACCAGUUUCUAAAACAUUGGGACUUUGAGGAAGGAAAUGUCAAUAUAUCUUCUUGGGUAUUUAGGGAAUGAUUUGUUCCCAUUAUGGAUGAUCCAGGCCUAUCCUCUUUUCAUAAGUUUUUAAGGGGCAAGGAGGUGAAAGUCAAAUCAACAAAUCAUUUUGUCUGUUAACAUCUCUUGGGAGCUGGGUGGGGGAGAGGUUAAUACAGCAUUGUAUUGGCAAAAGUGAAUUAUCUGGAUUUCAGGGCUGUUUUAACAUGGAAGAAGAAUGACAUUAUGUAGGGCUAAUGGUAAACAAACUAUAUUAUGGUGCCUUGUAAAUAGUAGGUGCUUAAUAAACAUUUGGGUUGAAUUAUAACUACAGUGCAAAGGUUAUAUCUGUUUUGUUCUGCAUACCAUUCAAGACCUUUAAGUAUUAUUCUGUGUUGUAAUCCUUUUAGAGGACCUUUGGAUCCAGGUGUCCUGAAUGAGUUUUUUAUUGGAGUUUCUAAGACUUUUUUCCCUCUUAAACAUGACAGAUGGGAAAAUUUUUUCCUUUCAGUGACAAAGUGCUUGUUUUUUUCUCACCACAAGACUUUGAGCUUCAGAAUUUCCUGGAGUUUGCAAUAUCAUAUUUUGAACUGAGUUUAUAGUGCUUCAUGGUUUAUCAUUAAACAUCGGAAUACCCAGGGGAACAGUUAAUCCUUAAGUAUUUUACUAGUUUUAUAUUCUCCCUCACUACGUAGCAGUGUUAUGUGGUAUAAGUAACAAUGUUUGUAUUCAUAUGUUAUGUUUUUCUAAGCAUUGUAUUCCUCAGAAAUACAGCCAAGUCUUCACUUGACAUCUUUUCAUGUCACUAAUUCACUGGUGCCAAAAAUUACAUUUUUACCAUCCUUUAUCUUGCUCAUUAAUCAGUUUUAGCCAUAGCCACUUUUUGAAAAAGCAUCCUUGUUAAAAGGAUAGCUGUAUUGUAAAGAUAUCCCACUAGGGGGCAAGUAUAAAGCUUAUAUAUGUUUUUGUUUUAUUCUGUUUUUUUUACCAAAUAAUACAUUUGAAGAAUGGUGAAACAAAAAGCAGGAAACUGCUAGGUCCAAGUAAAGACAUCUGUAUUAAUUAUAACUUAACAAUAUUAAACCCAUUGAAAAACUAGAACAUCUUUAGAUGUAAUUGUAAUGUUGCCAAAAUAAGGAUAUUAUGUAUCAUGCUGUACAUACUUUGUGUAAUGUACAAAGUUGCUAGGAGAAAAUAGUUGUGUUUUUUUAUCAAUUCACACAGUGAAGUUUGUGUAGUAUCAUAUGUGCAAAUUGACAAUGGAAAGCUUAUUCAUAUAAAUAAAUAUUAGUUAAUUUUAUUUAAAAUUAAAUUGCAGUAGACAUAAGAAAUAAUAUGGGGAAUGCUAGGUGAUGCAGUGGAUAAAGCACCAGCCCUGGAUUCAGGAGGACCUGAGUUCAAAUGUGGCCUCAGACACUUGACACUUACUAGCUGUGUGACCCUGGGCAAGUCACUUAACCCUCAUUGCCCUGCCAAAAAGAAAUAGUAUGAAGAGAGGUCACACUGAAGAAAUACUUUGAAGUAGUAGCCAGAAAAUAAUGUAGCUCUAUCAGUCACUUGCCCCUUAACAUUGGGAAUACUAUUGUAUUUAAUAUUCUGUAGUAUAUUGCUUAUUAAAUGUGAGAUACUGUUAUGAAGAUUGAAGCUAUCAUUUUAAAAUUAUUUUUUAAAUUUAAAUUUUAUAUAUUUUUAAAGUAUGUAUAAUCUUUAGGGAAACCGUUUUGUAAAAUAAUGUUAUUUCAUGAUGAUACUUCUGUAUCAUCAAUUCUGUUCUUAGGUUUGGUGAGUGUAUUAAGGAGCUUUUGCUUAGCACUAGUUCUGAUAAGUUGGUACAAUUAAAACAAAAAUAAGAAUGCUAUAACUUAAUAGUUCUUGUAUUUGUUUCUUCUAAAGAAAGAAAAAAUGCAGCUUUAAAGGCCUUAACAAAGCUUGUUACUCUAUUGUGCUACUACAGUGAAAUCUUAAUCUUCAGGGAAUGGGCCUUUAAGUAAAGUCAGCUGCGGGGUUGUUUGGUUGAUUUAUAACAAGUCCUGCUUUAGUGGUAGUGUGUACCAUGUAUUUCAGUGGUAACAUUUCUGGUAAGUUACAUAACUGUGGGACAAAAAGAUGUCUACACAGAUUGAGCACGUGCAAAAUAGGUGAAACCUGAUUUGAUAAGUUCAACUGCUUCUCUCUUCUUCCAGGCUGGGACCAAGUGAAUGUCUUUUUCUCUUGCUUCUUUAAACAGAAAAGGAUAAUAUUUAUUAUGCUUGAUUGAUGCAAUGUAUUCCAUUCAAGGUGACUAAAUCAAGCAAUUAUCUUGUAAACUUUUUUUUCUAACUGUGAAAUUAUGAGCCAUAUUAAAUUAAUUUUAGGUACCAGCAAGUGGAAUAUAUUUUGCAAGAAAAAAAAAAGCCCCUUGUAAUUAUUAUACUUAUAAGGAUAGUUGUAAAGGUACACCUACAGUUUUUUAGAUGAGAGGACAGGAGAUAAAGGGUUAUUUUGAAAUCUGAACAGACUUUUUCUUCUGGUGUGGCAUCCCACUCUCAACCCUCGAUAGAAAAGUUCAAAAGCCACUGCAUUAGGGAUCUCAAGUCCUGUAUCCAAAUCUUUUUCUACCUGUAUUAGUAUAACAUUGGAUAAGCCAUAACUUCUAUGUGCUUCAGUUUCUUCAUAUGUAAAAUAAUGUCUUGCCUGUUAACAAGUUACCAAAACACAAAAUAAAACCCCAAACACAUAGCUGCCUUUGUUAUAAAAGGCCUUUUCUCAGAAAAUUAAGAUUUUACUAUAGUAGCAAAAUAAGGGCAUUACAUUUUUUU